GAGCGCAGCGAGAAACAGAAGGGUAGAAGAAGGACAAGCGGACGGGAAGAGAGGGAAGGACAAGGCUGGGGAAUACAGACCAGAGGGAGAAGAAGAGCGAACAGAGCGAGAGAGAGAGAGAGAGAGAGAGAAGGAACCGGACCUGGCAUGGCCUACUCGUAUGAAGGAGGGAGAAUGUCUACUCAGUUCUAUCUGGUGAUUCUGUUGGUGGGGCUAGGCGUCCACACGGUGGCCGUUGGGGGAGCAGCUAUAAGGCAGGAGAUGAACCUGGAGAAUGGCUUCACCACCCUGAACCACUCCAUGGCUCUGCUGCAGCGCAUGGAGUCCCUGCUGGUGCAGGGGAACGGCAGUGACGUGACCCUGCGCGUGCGGACCAUCAGCACGGACGAGAUGAAGGUGAUCCAGGCCCACAGUCUGGUGCUGUCACUGCAGAGCGACGUGUUCGACGAGAUGCUCCAGAACAACAACAACAGCUUCCUCGUCCUCAGGGAGCCCCAGGACUGCGCUGCCGUCUUUGACAAAUUCAUCAGGUACCUCUACUGCGGUGACAUUGCUGUGCGUCUAGACCAGGCCAUUCCCCUGCACAAGCUUGCCAACAAGUACCACGUGUGGAGCCUGCAGCAAGGCCUGACCCGCUACAUGACUCAGCACCUCUCCAGUGACUCCCCGGCAGGUCACGUGGUGGGCUGGUACCAGUAUGCUCUGCAGAUCGGCGACGUCUCGCUGCGGGACAGCUGCUUGCAGUACCUGUCCUGGAACCUGUCGUCCGUGCUGCAGAGCAACGAGUGGUCCUCCAUCAGCGAUGAGCUGCUGAUGUCGCUCCUGCAGCGCUCGGACCUCAUCCUGUACAGCGAGCUGGACCUCUACGAGGCUCUGGAGAACUGGAUCGAACAAAACCAGCCAGAGAGCAGCAUGGUGGAGACCGCGCUGCGAGCCAUCCGUUACGGCAUGAUCCCACCCCAGCACUUGUUCCGCCUGCAGAAGCAGUCGCCGCUCAUGAUCAAGUACUACGAAUCCAUCCGCGACCUGCUCUUCCUGGCCUUCCAGUUCCACUCAGCCUCUCCCAUUCAGCUCGCCAAGUACUUUGAUGUCAACUGCAGCAUCUUCACGCCACGCAACUACCUGUCCCCAUCAUGGGGGUCACCCUGGGUGAUCAACAACCCGACACGUGACGACCGCAGCUUCAGCUUCCAGACGCAGCUGGGCCCCAGCGGCCACGACGCCAGCAAGCGGGUGACCUGGAACGCCCUGUUCUCGCCACGCUGGCUGCCACUGAGCGUGCGCUCGGGCUACGGCGAGCACGGCGCCCUGCAGUCCACGCGCACCGAGCACGGCCGCCCACGCAUCAUCGUCACCCCGGCCACAUCCAGCCCGGACUUUGCCGGCGUGAGCUUCCAGAAGACAGUGAUUGUGUCUGUUAGGCAGCAGGGCAAGAUGGUGGUCCGUCACGUCUACAACUUCCACCAGAGCACCGAGGAAUCUGGGGAUUUCCUGGCGGAGGCUGACCUGCAGCGCCGCGGCUCCGAGUACCUCAUUGACAACUCCCUGUUUUUACACGUCAUAGUCAAGCCCCUCUACCAUAGCCUUAUUGUUUCCAAGAAGUAAAACUUCAUAACCUUCAUAACCUUUUGUCCUGCCAGAGUCUGACAUAACUUCCAUCCCUGCACUCACACAACUGCCUGGCAAUAAGUAACCUAGUACACCUCUACUCACCUUUAAACAUCCUCUUUAUGAGGUUUCACGCAGAUUCUUGAUUUUUACUUGUUUCCUCAGAUUAAACACUGCCUAUACUAUGCUGUCAUGUAUCAUUAACUUUAAGGUUACAUCAAUUCAGUCCUGACUUGCUGCUUAUAGGCGGCCUACAUGCAGCCUAUGUGGGCUACUGUAUCGCUUAAAUCUAUGCUAUCAUUUCUGAAUGAAUUUUGAUUUGAAAGAGCUUCUUUGGUGCAUUUUCGUUUGAAACAGCAGUUUUAUUUAGUCUAAGGCUAAUUGUGUUUUUAAAUGUCUGAGCUGUCAACUUGUUGGUGCUAGAUCCUCACAGAUCAUGUCAUGCAUUUAAUACCUGACACCUGAUUUCCAUUUGGUCUCCUGCAUGAUACAAAGAUUUGCAUUAUUACAUCUCAGUUAUUCAGGACCAUACGAACAUGUUCACAUUUGAAAAGUUUACAAAUAUGACCGUUUUGAUGUGGUUUAAAUAUUCACUGAAUGCAUUAAACUUGUUUACCAUUACUAGAAGAAGAGUAUAUUGCCCAGUGUUAAGAUAUUUAAGCUGUUCAAUAGAUGUUUACUUUCCUUUUGCUCACCUCAAA